UGAUCAGAGUGAAGACGAGAGGAGCUGUCAGAGUCUGAGUAUACUUCUCUUUACUCCAUCAACAGACAUGGUUCCAGAUGUGGAGAGGAUCAUUGAGAGCAUCAUCCGAGGAGACCAAGAUACUGUUUGGCUCCUCCUGGACGGCUACAACACCCAGUAUGCAGACUGCUUCUUUUUCAACACUGAGGUUCAGGAGAGGAAAAAGCAACAACAACUGGAAGAGUUCAGGAAGAACAAAGUGAGGGACCACCCUCCUGACUCUGACUCUGAAACGGACUCAGAAGAUGAUGAGGAACCUGAUCUUCUCCUGCGGCAGCGUCUGGCCACGGCCCUGCUGAGCUUCAUCAGCUCUCAACUCCAGCCUGCAGUGUUACGGGUUUGCCUUCAUACCCUGCGUAUCUUGUCCCGUGACCGGCGGGCCCUGGGGCCCAUGGUCACUGAUAGCGCUCUCCUCACCUUGGCUCACCUGGGAGGCAUCAGCUUACAGCAGCAGGAGGAGGAGGAGGAAGAGGAGGAACAGGCUGAGGAUCAGUUAGCCAGAACACACAGUCAGAUGAAGAGAGGAGCAGCAUGUAGCUGUGAGGAGGCUGAGGAAGAGGAUGCUACACCUUCAGCUGUUAGCUCUGUGCUAACACCUCCUGCCCCUGCAGCUGAGGCUGCCUCCACAAACGGCUCAGUCCAUCAGUGUUACAAGUGGAGAGAAGAUGGUGUUCCUGUGGUGCUCCCCCGAGGGAAGAAAGACACCUGGGAGGAGAACAGUGAGGAGGAGGAGAAGGAGGAAGAUGGAGAGGUCUGCAGGAAGGAGGCCAUGAAAGUCUUGUGUAAUGUCGUCUACAACAGCCCCAGGGCUCAGGAGAGGGCCAGCACACUCAGGCUUCUGCAGGGCCUGUGGCAGAGUGUGAAGCGGGGUGUGUGGAGCGGGCCGUCCUCCGGGGGUCAGUUCUACAAGCUGAGGCUGCUCUUCCUGCUGACGGCUCUGAGGCCGGAGCUCCGGCUGCAGCUGCAGCAGGAGCGUGGAGUGUCAGUGCUCACCAGCGCCCUGGAGCAGUGCCUGGCUGUGAGGUGGGGCGAGGGGUACGAGGUGCUCAGUGACCGCACAUCUCCGCCCAUCUCCAAGGAGACGUCCCAAGAGGUCAUUGAGAUCCUCAAGACCCUCUUCAACAUCGCUCACACAUACUACAGGCAGGAGCCAGAUGAGGAGGAUGCUGCUCUGUAUCGCCACCUAGCAGCCGUGCUGCGCCACUGCCUGCUGCUGUCAUGUGAUGGAGAGGACACACUGGAGGAGCUUCAAGGACACACAGUAAACAUCCUGUCAGCUCUGCCGCUCACCUGUCUGGACGUCCUGAUAUCUGUGCGUGUGGACCAGGCGUCCCACAGGUGUGAGGGGGUCAACAUGGACUGUGUCCACACCCUGCUGCUGUUCAUGGACAGACGCCUGAACAGGAGUCAGAAGCUGAAGGAGAAACUGACCCCUGUUCUGAACCUGCUGACCGAGAGCUCACGGGUUCACAGAGAGACGCGUCACUACUUACGACAGAAGAUCUUACCUCCGCUGAGGGACGUAGCCAUCCGACCUGAGCAGGACACCACACUGAGAGGCCAGCUGGUCCGCCUCAUGACCCACGUCGACACGGACCUGAAGGACUGCGCUGCUGAGCUGCUGUUUGUGCUCUGCAAGGAGGACGUCAGCCGCUUUGUCAAAUACACGGGUUACGGCAACGCUGCGGGGCUGCUGGCAGCUCGGGGGCUGCUGAACGGCAGAAGGAACUCGGGCGCCAGCUUGUACGCCGCCCAGUACUCCAGCGACUCGGACUCGGACACAGAGGAGUACCGGGAGGCCAGAGCCAGGAUUAACCUGGUGACUGGACGGGUGGAGGCGGAGCAGCCGGAUCCAAUGGAGGGCAUGACAGAGGAGGAGAAGGAGGAGGAGGCUUUGCGCCUCAUCAGCAUGAUCAACAGACUGUCACAAGACCAGAUCAUCCAGCCGGUGGGUGUGACAGUAGAGGGGAGGCUGGCUCCACUCUGGGGCCAGAUGAGGGGCUCCACACUGGAAGAAGAAGAAGAUGAAGAGGAGGACGUGGAGUUGAUGCCAGAGUGGAGGAAGGACAGACAGAUGGAAUAGAAACCACCAGUUGCUUGUAGUGCACUGAUUUUUUUCCUUCUACAUUCUAUAAAGCAACAGAGAGAUACUGUUAGAGCGGACGCUGCAUCAUAUGACUGCAUGCAUAAUUCACAUUCACAUUGUUUUCAAUGGACAUGUUACAACAGUAAGGAUGGCCAGCCUAGACUGUGUGAGCUGUCAUGUACUGACCUGAGAUCAACCUAGUGUAGAAGAAACACUUGAUUCCAUGAUGUAUUCAGUGUGUGAGGGAAGGCGAGUGGAAAAGUGAAGACGAUAAAUGUGAACGACAUUUUGUCAGUGAGCAGCAUUUAUGUUGUUAAUGAUAUUUUCGUAGCAAAACACCUGAGCGCCUCUUCAAAGGAGUUUGUCUUUAUAGAAGUUUUUUCAGGGAGAACUGUGUAAAGAGUUGUGAGCUUGUAGAUUUUUUUUUCUCAUGCAAAGACAAAUAAAAAUGAAAACUUUCUCAAAUGCA